AAAUACUUGCAGCCGAAUAGAACAUUGCUCAAAACACUUAUAACUAAUCAACUAUGCAGCUCUUCGAGAAGUUUCUGACACAGACCGAUGUGGAGAGAAGAUUGGCAGUUCCUACAGGCACAUUCCGAGACCAUUUCGAGCUUCCUAGAGACAGCCAUUAUGUGGAUUUGUUGGUGAAGGACUCAACUGGGAAAACAUGGACAUUCCGUUGCUCCAGUAGGCAGACAGGCAAUCACCCUAAGCCAGUUUUCUCGGCAGGAUGGCUUGAAUUUGUACGAAUUAAAGGUCUCCAAAUUAAUGAUCAAGUUGUUUUCCAUAAGCAGAGAGAUGAAGCAAGUGAAGCAGAGUUUAAAAUUGAAGUAAAGAGACGCAUCACUAGCCUCAUGGGUAAGGAAAUCUGGGUGGACGUCGAGCAAGUAGGCUACUAUCGUAGUGGUAAUUAGCUAGUUAGGUAAGAAUAUGUGUACUAUAUGCUGCACUUUAAGUAUUAAUUAAUUAAUUAGUAUGAUGUGGCGUUAAUUUGAGGCAGCAGAGAGAGGGAUUAACUGGUUUUCCUUUUAUGGGAUGCCUUUGCUCUAUUCCUAUAAUGUACCUAUAAAUGGUGGGUGUACCA